GCUGUCAGUUUGUACCGUUCGUCGUCGCCGCCGUCUGUCUACUACGACUAGCCAGUUAGUCAUUCAUUGUCAUUCAUUCGUGCUUGUUCUGCUGAAGAGUCGUCGCGUUUCGAAGACUGUGAAGUGAAGAUUGGUGUCUGAUGGUGGCUGUAUUUUUGUGCUGAUGAUCGCUGGAUGUGUGUAGGUUGAUAAAAGCCUGGCUGAAGGAAAAAAAUAAUGACGUUCCAGGCCCAGCAUUGAUUUGCAGCAGUUAGCUAAUUCUGACGAAUUGAGUGCAAUUUACACUAAUAUUGAAUAAACAUCGCCGAGGACGAGGAACAACACGGAAACAAAUCGCGAAAAAGACCAAGUGAAGAAUACGCGCAUACCUUUUCACGCUACGCUCGGUGUGAAGAUUAUGUAUAGUGCGCGGGCUGCUGCCGCUGCUGAAUGUGAUCAUGUAGGGUAAACGAGCGAACAAAAGCUUGAAUUGUCCUGAGGAGCGGAAGAUAGUGGUGCUUUCGCUGUGUAAUCGGGUCGUGUCAAUUAUAGUCCGCUGAAGAACGUGCAAUCAACGGCACAUAUCAAACCUCGAACGAGAUAGACAGGAGACGCUAGCAUCUAACCACAAUAGCGAGAAAAGAAUCCCAAAAUCGGAGCCGACAUGCAUUUUUCGAUUCCGGACACACAGGAGUUCGGACCGGACAACUCCGGAUCGUCGUUCACGGGCUUCAACAUUCACAUCAAUGGUAGCUUCCACUGUUGCCUGCGGUAUAAGCAACUGCACAGCCUACACGAGCAGCUCAAGCGGUCACUACCCACAUUGGCCCUGCCGAGCUUUCCGCCAAAGAAGCUACUCCCACUGACUCCCAGCCAGAUCGAACAGCGGCGGAUCAGCCUCGAGCGGUACAUUCAACUAGUCGGUCAAGAUCCGGUUCUAUGUCGGUCGGAACUGCUGCGGGCUUUCCUGCUCAACGCCCAGCAAGAGUCCUCGUUCACGGAAUGUCGCGAGGUCAGCCUAGACGUGUUCCUCAUGAACGGCUACCGGAUAGUGACGAAAGCCUUCACGACAGACUGCUCCAGCAAGGUGCUGGAGAAGGCCUGCUCCUUAAUCGACCUGCCCAAAGAGUACACGUAUUACUUUUCGCUUUACCUGGUGCGGAACGAACCGAACGGUGAAGUGGCCAUCGCCAAGAAGCUAAUGGACUUUGAAGCCCCGCACAUUUCCCAGAAACAAUGGGACGACUGUAAGAUUGUGAUACGGACCAGCUACUGGGACGCGAACUACGAUCUGGAACUGAUGCGGGACCGGAUCGCGUUGAAUCUCCUCUACAUCCAGGCGCUGAGCGACGUCGAACGGGGCUGGAUCCUGACCAGUCGGGAUUUAAGUGAUCAGCUCACCGACCUGCAAGCGCGGGGGAACAAGCGGGAAUAUCUGGAGAUUGUGCGCAAGCUUCCGCUGUACGGGUGUUUGCAGUUCCCACGGGUGUGCGUCGACUAUCCCCAGCCGAACACGAUGGCCACGGUCAUCAUCGGCAAUCGGGAGCUGAACCUACUGACACACUACGGCAAGAAGAUACAGGAGACGAAAUUCAAAGUGACGAGGAUACGCUGCUGGCGGGUGACAACGAUCCAUAAUAACGAGGAACUUUCGUCCAACUCGUCGUCGGAGAGCCGGGAACCGGGUGGCAAUCUGGAGCUAUCGUUCGAAUACCUGAUGGCAAAGAAUCAGCUCAAGUGGAUCACAAUCUACAGCGAACAGUCGAUGCUUAUGUCUGUGUGCCUUCAGUCGAUAGUGGACGAACUGCUCAACCAGAAAAAUGGAUCCGACAUCAACAAUGUGCAGACCCACCAAGAAUUUGCUCCUCUGUCGUACAUUAGACGAGACGGUUCCAACUACUACAUCACCGAUUCCAGCUCAACCGAUACCCUCAGUAGUAUAAGUGACAGUAACAGUACAUCGAAUCAACAAUCCAACGGAAGCGGCAAACGUCCGCCACCGAGCAACGGUACCUCGUCCUCCUCCUCAUCGUCCUCGUCUUCCUUCAUCCGACGGAAGCUCAAAGAGUUCAACACGACGGUCCGCUUCAAAAGCGGGAAAGACUCCGUCCACAACGAAGCCUUCGAGUGGAUCGGAGAUGACGAUCUGUAGAAGUAGAGCGGCAGAAAACAGGAAAGCAACACUGAGCUCUCUCUCUCAACAUUCAACACACACUACUCUACCCCAGUCUGAUGCAUUUAGAGCACAUAUUCGAAGCGUAUAUUGCUAGGACAAAGGUUGCGAUUUUUCGGAAACCACUGUUGUAUAUAUAUUUGUCUACCAGUUCUGUAUAAGGCAUAAUGCAUGUGUACUAUGUUGUAAAUUCCUCCUUUUUAUAAUGUUAUAUAACUAGCGCGACUAGCAUGCAAUAGUCGAAGCAAAACUUCAUCAUUUUUGACGCGAUGUAAGGCGCAAGUAAGGCCAAGUCUUCCAACAAUAAAUGACGACGAAUAAAAA